AUGGCGCAGCUACAGAUCGCCCUCAAUCCUUCUCCUUCUCCUCCUCCUCCUCUUCCUCCUAAUCAUUUAAAUAACAACAACUGCUGUUCCACCACUUCCACGAUCCUCUGCCGCCGCCGCCGCACCUCCGCCCCACUCCUCCUCCGCCUCCCCCUAUCCGCCGUUGCCACGCCUCGCCGUCUCUUUACCCCUUCCGUCAAGUCGUACAGAAGAAUGAGCGUUGACUCGGCGGUUCGGGACCCACCGGAAGUGGCGGAGGAGUCGUCGGAAAGCGGAAGCCCCGCCGUGAGGUUUAGGAAAGCUGCGGCGGAGGAGUAUCCUGCUGACGGCAGCGCGUUUGAAGUGAGGAAGAAGUUGGGGAGGUGGGAUGGCUUCCUCCUCAAGCUUCGCAUGCUCAUUGUUCCCCCCUGGCAGCGUGUUGCGCACGGCAGCGUCCUGUGCAUGCACUUGCGCGGCGAGAUAUCAGAUACUGCGAAGGGUCGGUUUUUGGGGACGGAACUGGCGCUGCCACAAGUGUGCGAGAACUUUGCGAAAGCGGCAAACGAUCCGCGCAUUGCCGGAAUCUAUCUCAAGAUCGACGGCUUGGAGUGCGGGUGGGGGAAGCUGGAUGAAAUCCGUCGCCAUAUUUUGGAUUUCCGGAAAUCAGGCAAAUUUGUUGUUGGGUACAUGUCGUUCUUCAAGGAGAAAGAGUACUACCUGGGUUGUGCCUGCGAUGAGCUAUACGCCCCCUCAUUUGCUCACUUCUCUUUGUAUGGCUUUGCCUUGACGUCAGUCUUCCUGAGAGGCGUACUGGAGAAGAUGGGGAUCGAACCGGUGUACCAGAGGAUUGGGAAGUACAAAAAGGCAGGGGAUCAAAUGAUGCGCAAGACUAUUGCCGAACCACAUCUCGAAGUCUUGACCCUGUUGCUCGAGAACAUACACGAGAACUGGGUGGCCACAGUUUCUUCCUCCACAGGGAAGAAAAGAGAAGAUAUAGAGGAAUUCCUGAAUGAAGGGGCGUACAGGAUGGAGAGGCUGAAAGAGGAGGGCUUCAUCACAGACGUAUUCUACGAAGACCAGGUCAUGGAACUGUUGAAAAAGAAAGUUGGCCUCCAAGAAGACAAGAUUCUACCUACUGUUGAUUACAGCUGGAGCUUGCUGAAUUUCCCUGGAUCUGGUAUCAUCCCCGCCGACGUUAUUAAACAGAUUCGUCUCGUGAGAGAUUCCAAAAAAUAUAAAGCCGUGGUCAUCAGGAUCGACAGCGCAGGCGGUGAUGCCCUGGCAUCUGAUUUAAUAUGGAGGGAGAUUCGACUUUUAGCGACGAAGAAACCGGUAAUAGCAUCGAUGUCGGAUACGGCGUCCAGCGGUGGGUACUACAUAGCAAUGGGAGCCACCGCCAUCGUCGCAGAAAAAUUAACGCUAACGUCGUCAGUUGGUGUUGUUCAAGGGAAAUUUAACCUUGCGGAACUGCACCGAAGAAUUGGCUAUCACAAGCACGUAGUAUCGAAAGGCAAAUAUUCUGAGUUUAAUAUAGCCGGGCACCGACCACUAAGGCCAGAAGAAUUGGAGCUUCAAGAGAACAUUACUAAGCAUAUUUACAAGGAAUUUCGUGACAAGGCAGCAUUUUCUAGAUCCAUGAGCGUGGAAGAGAUGGAGAAGGUAGCACAAGGCAGAAUCUGGCAUGGCGCCGACGCCGUUUCCUUCGGUUUAGUGGAUGCAAUCGGCGGGGUCUCACGCGCCGUCGCAAUUGCCAAACACAAGGCCAAUAUCCCCGACAACAAACCGGUAAAGGUUGUGGAGCUGUCGAGGCCUAAUUCGUCACUGACGGAGAUGAUUACGGCGUUAGGGACCGUCGUGGCUGGAUUGGGCAAAACCGCCGAAGCCAUUUCACCGGCUGGCUUGAAAUUGUUCGACGACGAUGGUGGGGUGGAAGCUCGAAUGGAUUUCGACUUUCAAAGCCUAGAUGGAGCUUCUGAUCCCAACCUUAUGCUCACUCUAAUGAAAUGUUUCCUCAGCUCCUUAUUCUGA